CUCUCUCCUUCGUUCAUUCAGUCGUCAACGGACCAAAAGUGAAUGCUGGAGAUGCGUGCCUCCCGUCCACGCAGGGCUGUUGAUCAGAAAGUGAUGUUACAGCGUUAAACAAACACUGCUACUUGAGUGUGCUGUGCGUACGUGUUAAUUCUGAGCGCGAUUAGAUAAGUGAGUCGAAUUGCCGCAGAUCCGCGGGCGGAUGGCGUCAGGUUGAGCAGUUUGCUUGGUCUGCCAACAAUGAACUCGACGCUGGUGAACGCGAGCGAAGGCAACGGGACGGACGUGCCCGAUGCCGAAAACCAGGGUGAAAUUAUGGCCGUGGUGGAGGCCAUCCAGCUCUACUACCUGCCCGUCCUGGUGCUGCUCGGCUCGGCGGGCAACUGCCUCUCGGUGGUGGUGUUUAGCACGGCCAAAUUGCGGCAGCUCAGCUCGAGCUACUACCUGGCCGCGUUGGCCAUCAGCGACACCGGCUACCUGUUCAACAUCUUCUUCGUCUGGCUCAACCUGGUCGGCGUGCCCUUGUACAACAAACAGGGCGCCUGCCAGGCCAUCACGUUCCUCGCGUCCUUGUGCAGCUUCCUCAGCGUCUGGUUUGUGGUGGCGUUCACGGUCGAGCGCUUCGUCGCCGUCAGGUAUCCGCUGCACCGGCCGGCGGUGUGCACGGUCGCCAGGGCGAGGGCCGUGCUCGUCGGGCUGACAGUCAUCGGCUGCGUCGUCAACCUGCCCAUGCUGGUCAUGGCGGCACCCGUGCUCGUCGAACAGAACAAUAAAGAAUCGUGUAUGAUGAGGGACGAGUACAAAGACUUGGCGACGAUUUUCAACUACGUGGACACAGUGCUGACGUUUGUGCUGCCGUUCCUGGCCAUCACGGUUCUAAACACCAGCAUCGCCCUGACGGUCUACUAUUUGGCCAAGGUUCGCCGCUCGAUGACCCGUCAGCAGCGCCGAUCCAGCAGCGGGACCAGCGACAUGAGCAGCGUCUCCACAAUGCGCGCGUCCGGCGGGUUGCUGUUGGUGAGGAACGGCGAUCAAAUGGAGAUGAGCGCCCACGGUGGCAACGCUAGGGCCAUCAGGGCGCAGCACUCAGCCAACACGCAGACCAAGAUCACCAAGAUGCUGCUGCUGGUGUCGACCGUGUUCGUCGUGCUCAACCUGCCCUCCUACGUCUGCCGUCUCUGGGUGUUCAUCAAGCCGCCAGCCCAAGAGGACGAGUGGUACAAACACCUGAUUGUCCUCCAGCACAUCAGCAAUUUGCUGUUCAACACCAACUUCGGCAUCAAUUUCAUCCUCUACUGCGUCAGCGGGCAGAACUUCCGCAGGGCGCUCAAGAUCAUGUGCUACCCCGGAGGUGGUGUCUACCGCAGUGGCCGCAGGGAGGUCAGCCAGUCGACAGCAGUUUCCGAGUACCAAAGGGCCGGGUGCAGCUUCCACUCUCGUCACAGGUCUGCUUUGAACGGGGCAUGGCAAGAUGCGCACGAGUUGCUGCCCCUCAACAACCCGUAGCUCCAGUAAUUCAUGCCUGGGAAGCAGCGGCCGCGAUAAAUGGGCAUAACCGCAGACGACCUGCCUAGAUUAAAUCCAGCCCACUUAAUUGCGUUGAUGCGCACGUUGCGGGUGUCUUUUGUGCAAAAGUGAGACGUUUUGUGUGGAGACAAACGGAGGUUCUGUGUGCUGUCCGGAAACUGCUCUGUUGCUGUCUGUACAUAUUUAUAAACGGUUGGUGUCUUUGGUGUGACGCGCACUCUGCUGCUGUUGGAAUAAUUAUUCUAUUUAGCUAGAGCCAUACGAUAUCUAUGGAGCGUAUUUCAGAGAAUCUAUAUAGCUAUAUAUUAACUGUUGUCGUGGAAUCAAUUCGAUUUAUUGUAGAGUUCAAAUUUUAACGUUGGAUUGUUCAAAUCCGUACAUAUAGCUGUGCUUCUAUUAUAGUGUCAAUAAAAGAGUCAAUCAAGUUGAUGUAAUUAUAAUUACAUGUGAUUUUACCUCGAAUGGAUUUCAAACGAAGAAAGACUAUACAAAUAACCAAAUUUAAAUUUUAAAUAAGCACGGCAUGUGACGGGAAAGAUCAACAUUUUUGCUGAUAAGCGUUAUGAAUACGAUGGUUUUUGUAAUGGAGAUUUAUUGUGACUGGAAUAUUUUCCUCGUUUUUACGGGGACGAAAAAUACGCGAGGAUGCUUUAAUUGCUUCAAUUGCUAUUCGUGCAAUAUUGGGUACCAAUAAAUUUGAUGGAAUGUA